AUGUCAGAAGUAAGCAGUGGCAUAGAGAUACGCGGCACGAAAGGCGACGCCAAGGGUCGCUCUAUCCACACGACGCGCCGUUUUGUGCCGGGAGACAUCAUCACCCGGUUCAACGACCCGGCCGUCGUACUGCCGCCGGGCCCUCGGGCACUGGAGUAUUGCAACCACUGCCUCAAGCAACAGCAACAGCAGGCCCAAACCACAGAAAGACUUCGCGCAUGCACGGGAUGUAAAACGGUGGCGUACUGCGGGCCAGCGUGUCAGCGCGCCAACUGGUCUUUGGUUCACAAGCUCGAAUGUAAGGCGAUUCAGAGGCUUCACAAGAUCAAGCCGCCGAACCAGCCGAACUGGAUGCCGACGCCGAUUCGGGCAGCGGCGCAGGUCAUGCUCCGGCAAAAGGUGUUGGAGAGCUUUCAGGAGUUGGAAGGGCAUGUGGAGGCGUGGCGGCUAAAGGACGAGAUGAACUUGCAGCUCCAGGCGCAUGGGGUUGUCAAGUGUCUUGGUGUUGAUGACAUCUCGACGGAGAAGUUGGAGAGUGCCUUCCAGGUUCUGUGCAAGCUUCAAACGAAUGCUUUUAGCAGGUCAGAGGAGUACCAUGAGACUGGUGGUAUUUUCUUGGACACAAGACUUGCCAUGAUGAAUCACUCAUGCUGCCCCAAUGCCAUGGUCCAAUUCGAUGGAAGGAAGGCCACGCUCCGCGCAAUGUCUUUCAUCGAGUCAGGGGAUGAGAUCGAGAUAUCUUAUAUUGACCAGACCCAACCAAAGAACAAAAGACAGGGCGACCUUGGCCUAUAUCACUUUGAAUGCAAGUGCCACAAAUGCAUGAAUGACCUGGAUGAAUAUCAACUUGCUAGGACGGAUUCAUCGGUUGCUGAGCUGAAUAAGCUGAGCCUCAUGCCUGAUAUUGAGAGGUUUAAGCUCCCUCCUGGGCCAGACGGGCAGGGCUCGCCACAAAGACAGGAGGGUGAAAAGCUUCAAAAGAUAUUCCCUGCACUCCCCCGCGACAUGGAGCCCAAAGCAAAGCACAAAUGGCUACGGGAGGCGUACAAGACGGCUUCAUGGUUUCCCAAGAAUGGCAAAUGGGCCAUCGAGCCCUUUGCUCAGCUUGUGGACGAGGCGGCGUUUUACUUUGGCAAAGAUCGGAACAACCACGAGUGCGCGUUAGCCAUCGCCUGCCUGUCGGCCUACGAGAUUGAGCCGUACAAGCACCUCGUCCCAUUCCAUCCCCAAAGACUCAAGGGCCUAUCUUCCAUUGCUAUCGCGCUGUCGAAUACAGCGCCCAACCCUGAAAAUUUGACGAAGCUGGCGAGAGACAUGGCUAGGGCGAAGAAGUUCCCAGGCGUGAGUGUCAAGAUAUUAGAGAACCUAGACCAAGUGUCAAUGUGCCAGAUGGUUUUGGCAAUGAUCGAUGGGUACAAGACUCUGGCGCCAUCGGCCGACUGGGAAGUUGUCGUCUUGGCAAGGCAGAUGCUCAGUGACAUUGGGAGCCUUCCGGGCAGGGAGAAGGAGAACAGCCUGAUCACCGCUUGGCUCAAGGAUCCAAAGCAAAUGGAGGACUUCUUCAAGUACGCUCUGAUAGAGCCGGUCAGAGCUUUGUCUGAGCUUGGAAAAGUUGUGUUGGAAGUAGACUUGGGCAGGGACCAAGAUUUGUCUGCCAAUUGA